AAGAAAAGCUACAUCCAUCCUCUUUCAUUAUUAUCAUUAGUUUGAAAUAGGCCAUCCAUCUAUAAUUUUUUGUAAUUAUGUCUGCCUAUUCUAAGAACCUUUUCUCCAUUCUCAGUGAGGAUGGUGACGUUCGUCCUGAACCCGUCGCUGCUCCUAAGGAAGAAAAGAAGGUCGAUGAAAAGCCCAAGUCCGCUGACAAGCGUUCUUCUAAGCCUAAGGCCAAUGGCCGUGGUAAGGACAAUGGCCGUCCUACUCGUGGACGUCAAUUCGAUCGUCACAGCGGUACUGGUAUUGUUGAUUCCGAAAAGAAGAUCAAGCGUGGUUGGGGUAAGCCCGAAACUGCUGAAGCCGAAGCUGCCAAUGAUAAGCUCAACCCUGCUGAUCCCGACGCUCCUGAAGCUGAUGCCCCCGUUUCUGAGCCCGAAGAGCAAGUUAAGACUCUCGAGGAAUACUUAGCUGAAAAAGCCAACAAGUCAUUGAAUGUUUCUCUUCCUGAAGCCCGUAAGGCUAACGAUGAUGCCGACGACGCUUUCAAGGGUGCUGUUGCAUUCAAAAGAGAAGAGGAGGAAGAAUACUUUGCCAACAAGAAUGCCAAGUCUUCCAAGAAGAACGCUGACAAGCCCCGUAAGGAAAAGGUCUUUGUUGACAUCGAACAACGUUUCGAAGACAAGUCCAAUGACUUCCGUGGUCGUCGUGGUAAUGACCGUCGUGGUGGCCGCGGUAACGGCCGUCGUGGUGGUAACAACAAUGGUCGUCGCGGUGGUAACAACCGUCAACAAUCCAAGACUCCUGCUGUCAAUCUCGAGGACGCUAGUGCCUUCCCCUCCCUUAGCGCUUAAGCUCAAAAAAUUUUAAUAAAUGGCCUUUUUCGUUUGUUGUA